AUGGCUCGGCUCAAGCACGAGUUUCUGACAAUGCUCAUAAGACAAUCUGAACCGUUUGGCACUGUUGAUUCAAUUACCUCUGAUUGGAGUUCAUUGGCCAGUACUGCAUACGAGGAUUAUUUAUUAGCAUACAAUUCACCAAGUGAUGAGGUGAUUUUUUAUCUCAGGCAUGUCGCAAAAAGAUUAAAUUCCAACAGACACCUUGGAGAUUGCAUCAAAGUUCACAAAAGUGUGAGGAAAUCCUUUUUCCACACAUUGAUAAAACAGCUUCACUUGGAAGGAUUGUAUAGAGGUGGGAAUGAAAAGAGGUUUCUAAGUACCUUCAAGAAAAAGAGGUUUUUAUGGGAAGAGUUGAAGGUGAAAAUUGAACGGUGGAUUCAAGUGGCUAGGUUGUGUUUUUGUUACUUCUUUGACUGGGAGAAACAAAUUAGUGAGAAAUUAUUCUCUGGUUUUGGAAAUGGGGCUAGUGAAGAAUGUUUUUGGGAAAUAGUGGGAGAUUCUACAAAUAAUUUACUUGUUUUUGUAGAAACACUGAGUUCCAAUUUUGAGAAAGCUGUUUUUGGUGAGCUUUCGCCUAUACAAGAUAAAAGGGGUGCCACUCAUUCAUUGACAAAACGCGUGAUGAAUUAUAUCUCUCUCAUUGUAUGCAAUAAGGAGCUCCUCACAGACUUGAUCAUAUCAAUGCCACCAUUGAAAUUUGGGGAUCAACUGGAUCUUAAAGGCAAAAGUCAUUUGGCUCUUCAUUUUAUUUUGAUCAUUGUGGUCUUACAACUGAAUUUGAAGGGAAAAUCAGAGCAGCUCAAUCAUGUCUCUUUAAGGCAUUUGUUCAUGAUGAACAAUGUUCAUUACAUUGUAGAAAAGAUCGAAGAAUCCAAGGAGCUACGACAGAUUAUUGGUGAUGAUUAUAUGGAGAAACUGUAUAGGAAUGUCAAGCAAGCAAUGACUAGCUAUCAAGUUUCAACUUGUGACAAGUUCUUGUCUUGUUGUCAAGAAGAGGGACUUUAUGUUACUUGGUGUUUUUCUACUCGUGUGUCAAAACCUGCAUUGAGAAAAGGAUUGAAGUCCAUUAAUUCUGUGUUUGAAGAGAUUCAGACACUUCAGACGAACUGGAUAGUACAUGAUUCAGAGCUCCUGAAUAAACUUCGUGCGUCCAUGGUUGACAAGUUGAUUCCAGCAUACAAGAAAUUCCAUGCUGAAAUUUAG